UCUAUGCAAUUCUACGUCAUAUUUAUUAAGUCAAAUUUUUAGGCAAUUUUUAAGUCGCAAAGUAACAAGUACUUUACUUAAUACUUUUAACAUUUUAUAACACUUUAAUUUUCUAACAAAUUAAAUAAACAAAUAUUAAAAAUUGAGCUUUGCUGCGGAGACACAUAAAUUACUUAAAACGAAUGAGAAAUAAUGUACAAAAGUGUCACUGUGCUAUCUCCACCUUUAAUACAUGUUUAUAUAUAUUCAGUCUCAGUAGAUUAUCAGCUUUGCAGCUGCUUUAAAAUUGCAGCAUCUGCUGCAGAUUGUCGCAUUCGCGUUCGCAACAUGAUCUGCUGCUAUAACACCAUCAAAUACACCGGACUCUUGUCCAAUUUACUUUAUAUGCUACUGGCCAUAGGCGUGCUGGUCGCAGCUGGCUUGGGCCUGCAAAUGGCGCAGCCAAACACGCCGGAGCAUACAUACUUUGUGGAGAGUCUCGUGCUGGGCGCCACCAUCUGCACGAUAGUCAUAUUCGGCUGCUAUGGCCUGGUCUGCGAUCUGCUUAGCGUGAAUUUAAUUUUCACCUGCUUUGUACUGAUCGUGCUGGGCGCAGAGUAUCUGCAGCUGCACAACUACCAGCCGCAUAAUCGCUAUAGCGGCGCCUGGCAGCAGCUGGAGCUUACGCUGGCCUGGCAUGGCCUGGACAAGCAGCCGGAGCUGAUGCAACAGUAUGAACAGCAGCAGCAAUGCUGCGGUUACAACGGCGCCAACGACUACAAGUCUUUGCAUUUGCCCAUACCGAAAAGCUGUUAUCAGCAUGCUGCUGCCGACGACAAGCUCUUUACACGCGGCUGCCAGGCGACAUUGAACCGCAACCAGAGCCACAUACAGCAGCGCGAUAAGCUAUUCAUGUGGUGCAUCAUUGGCCUUGAGAUCUUUAUACUCGUCCAGACCAUCGCGCUGAGCGGUCUGCUCUACAAGCUGCGGCAACGCGAGCGACGGGCACGACAACAGGUGCCGCCCGGUGUUCGCCGUGAGCCGCGCGCCAAUCAUGUGGGCUCGCGUGCCCAGCUGCUGGACAAUAUUUAAGUAGCUUCUCUAUGGAUCAUAGCAGUUAAGUCGUUUAUUGUAGUUUAGCAAAUGCAGCGUAUAAAUCUUAGUUCUAGUAGGCAUAGCGGCGUGUUUUGGUGGUCAGCUGACAACACAGCGUUAUGCCCAAAAUAAUGCCCACAAUCUGCAAAAGAUAAACAUACAUAUAUAAGGGGAUACAUAAUCAAAUCACGACUCACCUCAUAGCCAAUGAGUCCGCCGUGCGCCCAUCUCUCGGAGCGAUAGAUAUUCAAAUGGGCGCGCUUAACGGCUGUCAUGCAGCCCUCGGCAUAGGGAUAGAGCGCAUGCACCCCAUCCUUGGUAUGGAAACAGCUCUGUGGCACACGCAUGCUCAGGCUGGUGUAGUCCGAGAAGCCCUUGUCGCCGCAGCACUCGUACUGGACAACAGAAGUUACAAAUAUGUUUAGCUUUUGUGUGAACAUAUGCUUACUCUGCGCUCCAGCUGAUGCAUAGCGCCCGGAUGCACCAGCUCCCUCAUCCACACGCCCAUGACAAACUCCUCCGUGGUAUCCACAUGCUUGGACUCAUUGUAGUGCGCCAGGCGAUAGACGUGUGCACCAAUCAGCAAGACCAACAUAACCAAGUGCUAGGAGUUACAAUCAUUUAGCUAAAGCUCAUUUCAAAUCGGGAGUUCCAUAUUUACCACGGCCAGCACCUUGAUGGAGCCCAGAAAGGCGCCCGAGCAGCCGAUGACAGCGGCCAGUAUAAGGCUGCCGGCCAUGGCCAACUGCAUGAUCUUCUCCGCAUCAAUGUGAUCGGAGGAGCCCUCGUCCAGCUUAUAGAGCAGCUCAUAGACGCCAGCCAGGGCGGCCAUGCUGCCAAUUAGCUGUUGAAACAUAAAAGGGAAAUUAAUUAGGAAAAUAGAAAAAAUCAUGUGAAUUAACAACGCGUCACACAAAAACAAAUUAAAAACAAAAAACCUGGCCAAAAAUAUAUAAAAAACAAAAUCAAAUCAAAAAAAUGUUGCCCGCCUUUGUCAGGCGGCAGAAACCAAAAUAAAAACAAAUACAGACGCAUGAAAUUACUUUGGGCUUUAUUUUUAAAUGCCCCGCCGGACACACACACACACACGCGCACACACGGACACACACUCAAAUUGUUGUGCGAAAAAUGUAGCAAUAAUUAAAAAUAAGUAAAAUGACAUCUUGUCUGGGGCGCAUCGGAGGCAGGAGAUUUGUUUGCUGCCAAAUUGGCCACAAGGAAUAUGUAAAUAAAUAGCAACAAUUAAAACGUGAAGCUUGCAAAGUGAUUGAGAAUUUAAUGAGAUUUAGCAACAUAUAUAUGCUAUAUAUCUGUGUGUGUGUGUGCAGCACUAAAUCGACUGCUUAAUGGGCAAAUUACUCAUACGCACCGUGAGUCAAGCCGCAAGCUGUUUGUUAAUGGAAGAACUCGAGUUAAAUCGUAUAAAAGCUAAUGAGCGUACAUAUGUCAGCAUAGCCCUAAUUCAUAUGCACAUAGAUAUACGCCUUUUUUUCGAAAUAUGUUUACUGAAAAUUUAUUCCAUUUAUGAAAACUCACCAAAGUAAAUGUAUUGAAGACGACCGCGGUCCAUUGCAGACACACCUGCAGUGUGGGCAUUUCGUGUCGCAGCAACUAAA